UGGGCAGCUGGCCAGCAGUCGCCGUCAUUUCCCUCGUGGCGCGCCGUUCGUAUCGGCCAAUAGCGACGCCGGAAGAGCACGUCCUAUUGAAAUAGAGGAAUCACUUAGCCAAUCAGAUUUCUCUGCCGCGACUACCGCUGUCAGAGUAGCCAAUCGUGUGUCGGGAAACACAGCUCGGGGCUCAACAGCUUGUUGUUCGCUUCGCAGCCCGAGCGAGAGGGGAAGCAACCGCGGCCGAGAAUAGAGCUGAAGUGUUCCGCCCUGGACUCCCUCAAAUAGCCGGAGCGAUGAAGGCAGCAGACGAGCCUGCCUACCUGACUGUGGGGACGGAUGUCAGCGCCAAGUACAGAGGAGCUUUCUGUGAGGCCAAGAUCAAAACGGUGAAACGGAUGGUGAAGGUGAAGGUGACUCUGAAAGGUGAAAGUACGUCUCAGGUGGUUCAGGACGACCAGAUCAAAGGACCUCUGAGGGUGGGUUCCACGGUGGAGGUGAAGACCAGCGAGGGUUUAUGCAGUGAAGCCGUCAUCAGUAAACUGACCGACGCCAGCCUCUACACUGUGGUGUUUGACGACGGAGACGAGAAAACUCUGCGCCGGACGUCUCUGUGUCUGAAGGGAGAGAGACACUUUGCAGAGAGUGAGACCCUGGAUCAGCUGCCGCUCACCAACCCGGAGCAUUUUGGGACGCCGGUCAUCGGAAAGAAGACGAACCGAGGAGGACGGCGUUCUUCUCAGGCUGUGGCCGACGAGGAGAACGAGUCUUCGUCCAGCGAGGACGAGGAGGACGACCGGAGGAGGCUGAACGACGAGCUGCUGGGAGCCGUGUGCAGCAUCGAGAACGUGGAGGAGUCCAGCAGCUGGUUCCUGGCUCUGGUGGUGUCUCCCAGCUGUAACGAUGAGCUGGUGGUGAAGAAGGACCAGUGUCUGGUCCGGUCGUUCAGCGACGGAAAGUUCUACACGGUGGCGAGGAGACACGUCCACACCGUCAACUCCCUCAGCAUCUCCAAGUCCGAGUUCUCCAACAGGAGAGGUCUGGAAGCGGCCCAGAUGUUCCUGAGGAGCAGGGAGGUUUCAGACGUCUGGAAGAUGGACAUGAGUCAGAUCCUGGACUCGUCCUCCAGCGAAGACGAGGACGACGAAGAGGAGAAGGAGAGUGAGGAGGAGGAGGAGGACGACGACGAGGAGAAGAAGAAGAAGAAGCACAUAAAGGAGGAGCCGGAGGAGGAGUUGGACCCCGAGGAGAGAGACCACUUCCUGCAGCAGCUCUACAAGUUCAUGGAGGACAGAGGGACUCCCAUCAACAAACCUCCAGUUCUGGGCUACAAAGAUCUGAACCUGUUCAAGCUGUUUCGGCUGGUCUAUCAGCUGGGCGGCUGCCACAAGAUUGAGUCCGGCACCGUGUGGAAGCAGGUCUACAUGGACCUGGGGAUCCCCGUCCUCAACUCUGCUGCGUCCUACAACGUCAAGACGGCCUACAAAAAGUAUCUGUACGGCUUCGAGGAGUACUGCCGCUCCGCCUCCAUCACCUUCAGAACCAUCCAUCACAACAACCCCCGCCCUCCUGCCCCACCAGCCAAUCAGAAGCCGGCGGCGGUGGAGCCUAAAGAGCCUCUCACGCCACAGGUGAAGGUGGAGCCUGUGGACGAACAGAAGGAGGAGACGGAGUCGGACAGCGAGAGCGAGGAGGAGAAAGUGAAGGAGAUGCAGUCGUCCCCGAGGGGGAGGAGGAGGUGCGUCGGGAGUCGGGUGAAGCUGGAGAGAGAAGCUCCGUCCAGACCGGAGAAACGAGGAGAGAACAUGGAGGAGCAGCAGAGGGAGGUGAGGAGACGCAGCAGCAGGAGGAUGGACGACUCCGAGAAGGGCUCCGACGAAGACGACGAGGACGAGGAGGACGAAGACGAGGAGUUUAAAAUGAGUGAGGAUGAGGAGGACGGAGACUCGGUGACGGGGACGAAGGUUCGGGUGAAGUACGGCCGAGGAAAGACUCAGAAGAUCUACGAGGCUCACAUCAAGAAGACGGACGUGGACAACGGAGAACAGUUCUACCUGGUUCACUACUACGGCUGGAACGUCAGGUACGAUGAGUGGGUGAAGGCCGACCGCAUCAUCUGGCCGGUGGAGAAAGGAAGCAAGAAGAGGCAGAAGAAGAAGGUGAAGAACAAAGACAAGGACGAGCCGGAGAAGGACGAAGACAAACCGACGGCGGCGCCUCCGAAGCCGACGGGAGCGAAGCGAGGACGUCCUCCCAUCAGAACCACGCCGAGCAGCGCCGCCGGACGCAGCGUCUCCACAACGCCCAGCAGUGAAGGACGGUCCAACGGAAAGAACAGGAUGGAGACGACGUCCAGCAUGGCCAACGGAGACAAUACUCCUCGCAGGAGAACCAGGAGAACGUCCGGCAUGUACGACUCGGACCGAGCAUCCAACGAGGAUUCUGGAAACUCAUCAGACGACAGCGAAUCGGAAGAUCCGCCUGACAAAAAGCCGUGGCGAUCGAGGGCUGAAGCCCCGUCCUGUCCGGCAGAGGAGGAGGAGCCAGAGGAGGAAGAAGAGGAGGAGGAGGAGGAAGAAGAGGACGAGCGGAGUGAGGUCACUGAUGUCACAGCUUCUCCGAGUAACGCAGUAACCACGGCAACAACAGCACAACCACCAGCUGCUGCAGCUCCACCACCCAGCAUCCCUCAGGAGAAAGUCCUGAGCCAACUGGAGGAGGAGGAGAAGGAGGUGGAGCCUGAAGGAGACGCCGCCGUGUCGCCGCCUCACCUGGAGAAUAAAAUGUCUCCGGUUGCCAAGGCAACACCGGUCCAAGACAAAAUGUCUCUGGUUACCAAGACGACGCAGAUCCAGGACAAAAGCAAGAUGUCUCCUAAACAGGAAGUGAUCGCUGAGGCUUCUCCCAGCAGGACGCCGCCGCCACCUGACACCAUCAGCAUAACUCCUGAGAGACCGCCGCCGGUCGCCGAGGAGGACGACCGCUCCCCCACCCUGUCCUCCCCCAGGGUCAAAGGUCGCCGGGCAAACCUCAGGGAGGGCAGCGCCGAGACUCCUCCAAGAAUCCCUGUCUGCAGCCCCGCCUCCAGCCCCUCCCAGACCACCGCGCUGUCAUCGCCUCCUCGCAGCGUCCUGAAGAGGCAGGACGAGCCAAUGGUGGUUCUGCACUGCCUCCCCUCACAGCGCCUCCCCACCGAGUCUCCCUCCGCCGCCAAUGACUCUGACACCGACUCGGCCACCGAGGAGGAGGAUGUGGAGGACGACGGUGAGGAGAGGAACGCCGCCAUCAAACGAAAGGCGGCGGAGCAGAGAGCCGCUGAGAAGAAGCCCCGCUCAGACAGGAAGCAGGAAGACGCCGCCUCCCCCAAAACCCCCGCUGCCACUCCCAAGAUGGCUGCCGGAGCGUCUCCAAAAACCUUCCCCUCACCGCUGCUCUCUGAGAGGCGGAGCGAGGCGGUGGCGAAGGCAGAGGAUUGGCCUCGCCCCGCAGAGGAGCCGUCAGAGGAGCGUCUGGUGGGUGGAGUAACAAAGGAGCCUGAGGUGCAUGCUGGGACGCCUCCCCCUGCCCCCGAGGCCCCGGGCCCUGCCCUCGCCGAGGAGCUGGAGCCGCCGAUGGGCCCCGAGGCGUUGGUCUGCCACGAGGUCGACCUGGACGACCCCGACGAGAAGGAGAAGCCCGUCUCCUCGGAGCACCUCCUCCUGAUGAUGCGAGAGCAGCAGGCUCCGCCCCCAAUGCCUCACCUCCUCCACACCACCCUCCCCUCCCCCCACCUCCCCCAGCCUCGGGUCCGCACCUUCUUCCCCGCCGCCACACCGAGCUCCGCCACCUGCCCCGAGGAGCUCCACCCGGCCAAGAGCGGCGGCGAGGAGGAGCGAGGAGCAGCGAGGACGGAGCCUGAGGGUGACUCCAGCCCCGGGUUCGACGCCUCCUCGUCCUCCACCUCCCUGCUGUCGCUGCAGGACAGCAAAGAUCGAGGUCAGAAGAGGGUGACGGACUGUAACUCCAGUCCAUCAGCCAAGAAACAGAAACGCAACCAAAAACGACUGAGCACACCUGGGAAGGUGGAGAAGAACGGAGCAGGUCACAGCAGCGACAGUGAGGAUCAGUCUCGUCUGUCUCUCAAGUCUCAGAAGUCUCGUUGUCCUGGACUUUCAUCUCCGUCAUCUCACAGUAAAGACAAGCAGAGUUUCCCGUCUCCUCAGAGGACCUACAAGUGGACCUUCCAGCUCGACGAGCUGGACAGCAUGUCGAGCACAGAGAGGAUCUCCUUCCUGCAGGAGAAGCUGCAGGAGAUCAGGAAGUACUACAUGACGCUGAAGUCAGAGGUCGCCUCCAUCGACCGACGUAGGAAGAGACUAAAGAAGAAGGAGAGGGAAGUGUCCAACACGACGGCGUCCACGUCUUCGGGCUCCUCGGACACCGGCAUGAGUCCGUCCUCGGCGUCGCCCACUCAGAACACGGUUGCCGUGGAGUGCAGGUGAUGACACGCCCACAUGGACUCUGCCUACCUCCUGUUUGGCCCCUCCCCUUUCCCCGCCACAGACUCUGCCCCCCUCUCUGCUCUGAGGGCAUGAUGGGUAAAUGAACGUAAACAAACUUUGUAGCCGCGAGCUUCAACCGUCACAGUGGCUGAUGGGAAAACGCUGCAAGGGGGGAGGGGGAGGAGCUGACCGAAGCCCCGCCCCCUCACUGACAGACUGACUUCCUGUUUGACGAGAGAAAAACGCCGUCUGUUCAGCCGCCGCAGCUCUUCUUCCUCUUUUGUUCCUUCUUCUUCCUCCGAAGCGCCUCGUUUCAAAAUAUAAGUCUCGGAGUCACCCGAGACUUUUAUUUAGAAUUUUUUUUUUAAUCUCUACUUUAAUUUUUUUAAAUCUCUAAUUUCAAAAUAAAAGUCUUGGGUGGGCAAUUAGAGGUCAGCGGUGACCCUUAACCCCUCCCACCCAAGACUUUUAUUUUGAACUUUUUAAAAAAAUCUCUACUUCUGUUAAUCCUUUAAUCUGUAAUUUCAAAAUAAAAGUCAUGGGUGAGGGGCUUAGCGGUCACCACAAACCCCUAACUUCCAACUCGAAAGUUUUAUUUAAUUUUUUUUGUACUGCUGACCCCUAACCCCUCACCUUUUAUUUUGAAAUUAAAGAUCAAAAAAUUUAGUAGAUUAAAAAAAAUUCAAAAUAAAAAUUUCACUUGAGACUUUUUUCACCACUGACCCCUAGCCCCCCGUCCAAGACUUUUAUUUUGAAAUUAGAGAUCAAAAAUUUAUUAUUGAUUAAAAAAAAUUCAAAAUGAAAGUCUCACCCGAGACUUUUGUUUUGAAAUUAGGCAGCUCAAUAUGCACAUUUUUAAAAAAUUUAUUUCUUCGCUCGAAUUAUUUAAAAAAGAAACCUAAGAAAAAAGUAAAACAAUUCCCUGACUUCCAGCUGUGAAAGUUUUUGGUCUUUUUAUACGGAAUCAGAGCUUUUAUUUUGGUAAAAAUAAAAAAAAUGAAAAAAAAAAUAUCCCAAAAAAGUCUGAGGUGUCACAGCCGGACAGAAAAAUAUUUAGUUUUUGUGUAAAAAAGAAAAAAAAAUAGUAAAAACUCGCAGCUCCUAAGGUAUUUAUUGCAAACUUUUUAUUUUUUUUUAUAUUUUUCGGUUUUGUACGCAAGACUAGAACUGCCAAGAAAAUAAAAAUUAAAUGUAUAAAAACUAAAAUAUUCAGUAUUUCCUGUUUAAUUUCAGAAUUUAAACCAUUUUUCUGCUUGUUUUGAUUUAUUUAUUUGGCAGUAAUUAUUAUUUACUGCGACUGUUUUUUUUACGUGUCAGGAAAUUAAAAUUUAGUUGUUUUUUUUUAUUCUCAGACGCCAUACUUAGUCAUUAAAACCACAUUUUGUGCAGUAAAAAUUUUAUUUAAUUUUUUUCAUCAGUUUUUUGCUCUUCACUGAUUUUUUUUUUCUUUUCUGUCUGUUUCUGACUUUGAGCUUCAUUUUUAUCUAAUAAUUUGACUCUAAAUGAGUCGAACUUGUCGUUGAAGUCGAUAUUUUGGUUUGAAAAGCUGUAAUUUUGACUCACUUUUCCAUAUUUAUCUGAUAAUUUGACUUUAAAUGAGCAAAAGUUGUUGUUGAGUAAUGAUUUUUAUCUCAAACUUACAUGAUAUCGUUAUUGAUUUAUUAAUUCCUAAAUCCUGACGCCUUUUAUCCGAAUAUUUGACUUGAAUUAAUAUGAAAUGUGUUAUUUGUUAUCUUGAUUUAAAAGUACUUACUUUCACUUUGACUACCUAAUAAUAGUUUAGAUUCAAAAAUCACAAUUUUGGCUUCAAAAGUUUCACAGAAUGGAAAAUGUUGAUUUUAUUUUGAAAAUCGCAACUCGUUCAUUCUCACAAAUCAGAUCUAAGAGUAUAAUAAUAACUGAAGCUGAUAAACGUUGAAAGUGUUGAUUUACGGUGAUAAAUCUGCUUCUUCUGGUGAGUUUAACGUUCUGGCGUCACUCUGGAGGUUUUCUGCUGCACUUCCUGUCUCUACUCCUGUCUCUACUUCCUACUUCCUGUCUCUGCUUCCUACUUCCUGUUCUUCUUCUGCUGUGGCGUGCCGGUCAACGGCUCCUCGUCGUUUCUCGUUUUGUACAUAGAGAAGCUGAGUAAAGGAGAGAAUGAAGCGAAGCGACUUUUGCAGCCUGUAAAGAAUGAUUUCUAAUAUUUUUUAAAGCAGAUGUUUGUACCGUUGGAUUAUUACGACUCCUCCGUUGGUUUUUUUUCUAUGUGGUGUUUUGGCGGCGACGGUUGUAAAUAAGAAACUUCCUCUGAGAACAGAACGCUGCUGGACUGCACAACGAGCAGCUCUGUUUCUAAUAAAGUUUUUAAAUACGA